AUGUCUCAAAAUAAUACUAUACAAGUAACCGGUUCAAAGUUGACACUGGACUCUAAUAAUGAUCAGGAAACGGGACAAACUUCAUUACACGCCCAAGCAUUUAACGGAAACAUGGGAAGCAAUAAUACCAUUAACAAAGGAGAACAACAGCAGGCACCAGAGGAGAAAACUAAAGAGCAACCAUUUUAUGUUAAUGCUAAACAGUAUAAUCGAAUAAUUAAAAGGAGACAAGCUAGAGCUAGAUUAGAAGAAAUACUACAAAGAAACCUACUUGAAAGAGAAAGAAAACCAUACUUGCAUGAAUCGAGGCAUCGUCACGCUAUGCGAAGACCAAGAGGACAAGGUGGAAGAUUUUUAACAUCAGCAGAAAUAAAAGAAAUGGAAGAAAAGAAAAUAGAAGAUGCUAAACAAUCAUCGGAACACAAAGAUAAUACUUCUAACCAUGAAGUACCUAAAAAUGAAAAUGGCAAUGACGUUAAUAGGACCAUUACCGAAAACUGUAAGACUAAACUGAAAAAGCCCAGCAUUAUAAUAGAGACAACAACAGAAAAUUUGUAA